GAAGAACACGAAGAAGAAGACGGCAGUCAGCUGAAAAUGGCUGCCGCAACCAUGGCGGGGCUCGAUGCCCACAGACUGGAGCAAAAGAAGUUAGAAUAUUUUUCCUCCAUCAACUCCAUGGCCAGUAAAAUAAUGCAAGAACGGGAGAAAAUCAAAGCUAAGCACGGCUCGGCCUGGGACAAAAUGACGCCCAACGAGCAGGACAACGCCAUCGACAACUGGAUGAUGGAUCCUCAUAUCCGAGCCCGAUACGCAAUGCACAGAGUUGAGCGAGAAGAAGUUGUUUGUUACCCGAAAUUGCUCCUUCAAACCGGGCAGAAGAUAGUUCAUUUUGGCGACGAGGAUAUCACCUGGCAAGACGAGCAUUCAGCUCCCUUCUCAUGGGAAACCAAGAGUCAGCUGGAGUUCAGCUUAAUAUCAGGCUCAGCGGAUCAGGGCACGUUGAGCUCCCAGGCUGACUCAAAGGCUCCCAAGCUGUCUCAUACCAGCCAGCUCAGCAAGAGCACACCUGGAGCCAAGGUGUCCAGCAGUGAGGGCUCAGGCCGGAGGCCAGAGGAGGAGUCGUCCUUCUGGAAGAUCAGCGCUGAGCGGUCCAGGCUGGAGGGAGAGCAGGCUGACUUCCAGUCUCUGACCCCCAGCCAGAUCAAAUCCCUGGAGAAAGGAGAGAAGUCCCUGCCAUCCUACCUGCGACAGGAGACCUCUGUCACCGUGGCAACCUCCAAGGAGUGUGAGGUGGCAGAGUCCCACCCUCCAGUUCCUACCAAGUCCACCAAGCAGCGGGCACCCAAACCCCCUGCUCCCCCACCCCCUAUCCCUAUUGCCGUGACAACCACGCCGGCAUCCAUCUCCAUUGCACCAAGCGCCGCCCUGCCAACCAAUGUGUCAUCAACGGCAGCGGGCUGGGAGCGAGCUCAGAGCACCCUCCCAUCGGUCAGCAACACCGUAGACGAAAUGUUCUCCUCGAGCCUCAUGUCUAAGUCCUCCAACCUGCCCACCGGCCUGGAGAAGGACAAGCCUGAAGAGGAGUCACCCACCCUGUCCUCCAGCCCCGCCUUCUCCCAGUUUAAUACAAGCAGCAACAUCCUGAAGACUGGAUUUGAUUUCCUUGACAACUGGUAAACCACAGUGUCGUCCAGUCAGCUGCUCUGAAUGAAUCACCGUUGCCAUCACUCUGAACAAGGACCACGUCGCCAUGACUGCAGUAUUCCACAUGUAGAUUUAAGGAACACACCAGCUGAGCUGAACACAUUACGCCCUCCUGUUUAUCUUUAGUAGCUUCUUAAGGCAUAUCUCACCCCCUGCGUGCUUGUUUUCCCCCUCACCUAAAGUUUCUUCUGCUUUCACAGUUACUCUUUGAAUUUCUUACAAACAUCCCAUACCCUCCGAAUGAGCAGGGACUGUACUCCCAGGAUGCUGUGCACUAACCCUGCCUCUGUGUUCACGCUGCCAUCAGCUUGGUUCAUGUGUCAGUCUGAUCUUGGUGAUCAUGGGCAGUGCAGCAGGCAGAUCACAUAUUUCCCGCUGCUUACACGUUGUCUUUUACUAUUAACACUACAUCAUUUUGAUAAGAUAUCUUGGCUAGCUAACUAGUGCUAAUUAGAUCGCACUGAUCAAAAAUAAACCAAAAAAAAUAUCUGAAACAACUUAAGAGCUUCCCAUCUGCCCAGUGAGGGAGGCAGCUGUUCUCCAGGCCUUGCUUUUGAGGCAUUUGUUCCUGUAGUCUUUUAAAUUAAAGUUGUAGAGAAUUAGGGAGAUUUGAGUUUACUUUGCACUUCACAUGCAGAACCCUUCAUGAAGCUAAAUAAGAUUAGUUUGGAAACAAGGGGGUGCAUACAUCGCCCUUGUGUGUGUAGGGGAUUAAUGGAGGUUGAGUCACGUUUUGAUGCUGUCGCUCACAGUGUGAAUGCAUGGUAAUGUUAACGUGUCACCAUGGUGGCUAGCAAGGAGGAUUUUGCACCAAGUAGCCAUCCUUGCUGCAACUGACAUCCUCACACAGUUUGGGUGUCCCAUAAGCAUACUACAGACCAAACGGUACAAACUGUAUACUCAUCUCCAUAGUAUACUGCUUUAGAAGUCUAGAUAAUAGAAUUACACAUAAAUUACACAGAAGAUUUUAUUUCGCCUUAUGUACAUUGCCAUUCUUCAGUGUACUGCAUUUUCAUAUUUUUGCAGUGUGAACGCACUACAUACUCAAAGUAUUCCAAACACUAUGUGCUAUGCUUUUGAGACACGGCUUCUGAUGUGGUUUUCUUUGUAUUUUGUAUAUUCUUUUCUUUGUAUAUCUUUGUAUAUUCCUAUAAAUGUGUUAUUUCUACAGGUGAAGGAGUACACAGUGCCAGUGUACGAUAUGGAAUUCUUGGAAUAUCAUGGGAUUUUGAGGUGUAAUUCAGGCAGCGAGAAUCAGGGAAUCUGAUAAAUGGGUCACUGUACAGGAAUAAAGCGGUAUGUAUUUUCCAACCAGGAAGCAAGAACGGUUUUAGGUCAAGUAUUCUGAAGUUACACAUCAGGGACACAGUGGGUAGCUUUAUUUUAUUUUAUUUUAUUUUAUUUUAUUGUAUUGUAUCUUUAAGGAAUCGAGCCCCUCGCCAACACUUGUCAUCCUCUCCUACCUAAACGUAAUUGUUAGCUUUUCUAUUUCAGACCUCAGACCAGUGCUGAGCAGAGCUAGUGUACGUCUAGAAUGAAAAUAAAGUGUUUUAGGUAAAUGAGCAUGGAACGAUUUGUACCACUCUUGUUGUAGCUGUAAAAUCCAGUUUACACUGCUAGAGUACUAUUUUACCGACUUUUGUAUGUGAAAGAAUAUCUAUUGGUUGUAUCAGAAGCUGUAUAUUGCACCCACACGUUCUGAGGUUACCUAUUAGAAAUAAGUAAAUAAAUGAAACUCCCAACAUUG